UCCCGACAAGGGCCAGGCUGAAACCUCCCAGUGCUUUCGAGCGUGCACUGAUUUACAGUUACAUACACGCUCACAAAUAUCAGCAAGAUUCUAUGGAAAGCGGGAGUGAUCAGCUUCGCUAAGCGUGUUUGUCGACUGUCUUCCUUGUUGCUUCAUAUUGCAUUGUGGUCUGAUUCUUCCGCAUACAAUGUUAUUUUUCUUUCUUCCAAACGAGUGACUGCACAGUCGCGGGCAUCAUCUCGAGACUCAGUCGGUGCCACCUUUCUUCGCUUUUUCGGUCCUCCAUGGGAUUUUGUUGCCUGUCGAUCGCUUUUCUACUGCCGCUGAACGAACACUCAAGCAGAGUGCCUAGUGUUAUUCGACUCUCUAAUGGGGUCUUCAUCAACCCUCGACUCGAAUACUCCAUCACUAUCAGAUAUAUUAUCUCCCCCCUACGCUUCACAAAUGCUUGUUCUGCCAGUAUCCGACCCCCUUCUUUAUUUCCUUGCAUCUUCCCUGCUUAACUAUGGAAAGCGUACAAGGACAGAGCGCAUCGGCUCCCGCACCCUCCUUUAUAUUCACGUUCUUACCUGCGCGCCGCCACUUCCUAUCCUUUGCCAUGCUCUCACCACCGCUUCCCCCGCUGUCAAGUGCUUAUCACAGAAGCACUCAGGAGAGAACGUUGUGAGACUUGCCACGCUUACAGAGGCGUAAGGGUGGAUGUCCAUGCUGGAUUGUCCGCCAGCAUAAACAAUAGUGGGAAGAUGGUGGAGGAGCGUUUAGCACGAGAGACUAUCGCUGUUAUUAAUGGAGACAGGAAAGCUAUUACUGACAAAGAGCUGGCACACAAAUAAGCUGUGAUCAAUAGG